AUGACAUCCAACAAUAGUAUUGGUGAAGGUGACAACAACACAGGAUCCGAAAUUAUGGACGUUGCUUCUCACAUACGGAUCCACAUAGGUUCAAUAUCACAGUCCCUAGCGAAUAAGAUUGACAAGUUUGAAACCAGGAUACAGAAGUAUGGCGAAGUAAUAAAGCCUCUUGAACUACAUAAGAAGCCUGCCCUCGACACUUAUUUUGCAUUCAUAACUCUGAAUGCAACUCCGUCUCAAUUAAACUCAUUCAAGAAAGCAUUCAACGGAGCUAAAUUUAUGGGCUCCACCUUAAGUGUGGGAGUAGCUAAACAAGAUUAUACGGAACGCUUAGAGCAAGAGCGAAAAGAACAAGAAAGAAUAGAUUCUAUAAGUCUCCUGAGUCAUGAUCAGCUGAAGAGACUGUAUAGCCGACAAAGGCCACAAUUAAACUUUCGAGACCAUGUUAUACAUGGUAGAGAGAGGACUACGAAGCGAAAGAACCUUCGAUAUGCCACUUAUCGAAUAACAAAAUUUAAUAAGGAGGGAAAGAAAGUAACUGUUCAACUGAGGUGUAAAAAAACCAAACUAUGGGGUUUUCAAAAAGACAAGACGUUAGAUGCAUUGGUUUAUAGAUACACAAAUGGCCAAUGGAAGGACGGCAAUGGUGAUACUAUCGAAGUGACAAACAUCCGCCUACCGAGAAGUAUAAUGACUAGUAAUACAUCAUUGCUUGACAACGAAGAGGACGAAGAUGCAAAAGAAGAUAGAGAAAAGAAUCUCAAGAUUUUUGAACAAAUGUUUGGAGAUGGGAUGGACUUUGUACCCAAGCCAAUGAAGUACAAUGAUGAUGAUGAAGAUGAGGAGGAGCCUGCUGACGAUCAAUCGAAAGCUUCUACUACAGAGACAGACGAGUCUGAUUUUGAAGAUUUAAUUGCUUCUCAAGAGGCUUUCGGGAAUGAACCAGAACAUACCCAAGAGUCAUCUAAAUUUCAAUCAGGGCCAGCAAAAGAAGUUGCCACAGCCGACGAUGAAGAAGUUUUGCCUACUGAAGGCACGACAACUUCAGCUUUAAGAUCGUUAUUUAAUCCUAGCCAGGACAAUACUGGAUUUAGUCUUUUCGGUGGUGACGACGACGAAAAUGAAGGUGAUGAAACCGAGGACAUAAUUAUGCAUGAUCCUGUUGAAACGACGGUUGUUCGAAGUGCAGCGAUGAUGGCUCCUGUACCUCUGGCUCCCCUUAACGAGCGUGCUCGGGGUCUUUUCUUUGCUCAUUCAGAUUCUCCAUUUUUACACUCCCAAUCGCAAGUUGCACAGCUCAAAUCAUCCACUUUUAAUGGAGCCGCCUGGGAAGAGGAAUUCUGGUCUAAACGUGGAGAGUGGAAUAGAGAAUUACGUCGUCACCGUCGUGACGUACUCCGUCAACUGAAGAAGAAGAAUCAGGGGAAACGGGCGAUUUUGUAA